CUCUGUUGCAUUGUGGGCCGCGUCGCGUCCCGUAGCGGCAGCGUCCGGCGGACCCGCCGCGCUGGCGAGAUGGCGGCGCAGAAGAUCAACGAAGCGUUGGAGCACAUCGCUAAAGCGGAGAAAUAUCUGAAAACUGGGUUCUUAAAGUGGAAACCAGAUUAUGACAGUGCAGCUACUGAAUAUGGGAAGGCAGCUGUUGCUUUUAAGAAUGCCAAGCAGUUUGACCAGGCAAGGGAAGCCUGUUUGCGGGAAGCUGAGGCACAUGAAAACAACAAAGCUCUCUUCCAUGCAGCUAAAGCUUAUGAACAAGCUGGCAUGAUGCUGAAGGAGAUGGGCAGGCUCCCCGAAGCAGUUCAGCUGAUUGAGAAAGCCAGCAUGAUGUACCUGGAGAAUGGGACACCAGACACAGCAGCUAUUGCACUGGAACGUGCUGGAAAGUUAAUAGAAAAUGUGAACCCAGAGAAGGCUGUGCAGCUCUACCAGCAAGCAGCAUCAGUAUUUGAAAACGAAGAACGUUUACGGCAAGCAUUAGAAAUGUUGGGGAAGGCAUCAAGACUUCUAGUCAGAGGGCGCAGAUUAGAUGAGGCUGCCUUGUCUCUUCAAAAGGAAAAAAGUAUUUAUAAAGAAAUUGAGAACUACCCAACAUGCUAUAAGAAAACUAUUGCUCAAGUCUUAGUUCAUCUUCACAGAAAUGAUUAUGUUGCUGCAGAAAGAUGUGUGAGGGAAAGCUACAGUAUACCAGGAUUUAAUGGGAGUGAAGACUGUGCAGCACUGGAGCAACUUUUAGAAGGGUAUGACCAGCAAGAUCAGGAUCAAGUUUCUGAAGUCUGCAAUUUGCCACUCUUCAAGUACAUGGACAAUGAUUAUGCCAAGCUUGGUCUUACCUUGGUGGUCCCCGGAGGUGGAAUCAAGAAGAAGUCACCAAAUGCUGCACAAGACAAAGCCAGAGGACCAGCUGCAGCAGGCUCUCACGCUGAUGAGGAAGAGGAUGAAUAUUCUGGUGGACUGUGCUAGCUACAGAGGUUGUCUUAAAUACAUGACUUAUUUGUGAUGCUGAGCAUAUCCAAAGGUACCUGAUUUACCAGAGCUUCAUUGCAAUUGUGAUGUGGGAAUGCUGAUCUUAACUUGGCAGCUUCUGGGUACAGUACAGAAAAAAAAAAGCAUGAUUGUACCUGUCAUCUCAAAAACAUCUUUGGACUUUAUUCCUUACCUGGUAGGAGCUUCCUCAGGGCCCUGCUUUUAGUUUAUAGCAAAAAAAAAAAAGAGAGAAAUCCUUACUAAAAGCACAGUUUAAGAGAGACCUAAACCCCUGAAACACUGGAGUAGGGAGACUAGUAUGACAUUUAGUUGCUGGAUGUCAACAGCUUUUUGGUCCCAGUAAUAUGUUGGGGAUUGUUUUCUUAGUUAAGUAGAUGAUGAUUUAGGUAUUUAUCUCCUGCUUAACACCACUCAAGACAGACUUUGCCAGACUGGAUUUCUCCACUACUUUAAGCUCUAGAGGGACGUUCCAGUUUAUUCCCAACAUAUUUUUACUCCAUUGUGGAAUAUUAUUUUAAUCCAUUAUUUUACAAGCAAUAUCCAUGCAGGUAUGGAAAACACUAAGCCAAGUAGUCUUGCAAGCUUACACACACAUAUCUUUCAUCUUAAGAACUUCAUUGACCUGAAGUCUUUGGAAAUAACCGUUUUGAGUGGUGUUUCUGGAGGGUGCCAUAACCAAAAAAAGAAGAAAAUGAGGGGGGCAGGUGAUGUGCAUUGAAUGUAAAGCUCUGAAGACAAUGUUUAACCAAAACUUAGGUGGCAUGGUUCAAUGGUAGGGAGUCCAUGACUGUUCUAGGUGUUCACUUAGUAAGCAUGUUAUUUACUAAUCAUUAUUUACUACAGAGACAUUUCGUUCUCAGAACAGCUCUCUUCUACAACAGACAUUUUCCAAACUAGCUCAGAAUGCAAAAUGCCCAAAUUGUUAACACAUCAUCUCUAUUUUUUAUUUGUUUUCCACUCAUAAUGUGCUUUGCAGUGUCUUAAAUUCUGUUUGGCCACUUCAUGCUUAAAAUUUGGCCACCCUGGAAGCCGUACUUGUGGUCCCUUUCUUCAGAAGGACCAAAUCAAGAUCUGUACUAGGGCGAGUUCCUGCACAUGAUUUGUGACACUCAAAGUUCAAUCGACAGUAGAUCAAAAGCACAGUGAUGAUACAGCUUCUGCCCUAUUAAGGAGCUGGAUGUCUUCCAAGAAUAACAAGCGUGUGUCUGAUGUAAAGGUGAUCUCUGACAUCAGUGUGUCUGACAACUGUGACGAAGGUGAGCUUGUAGAGGGUUGCUGUCCUUGGGGUGAGUAGCACUUGAUGGAGUUGUGAUGGCUACACAAGCUACCUGCAGUGAUUGCAGGCAGGGCUGCUGUCAAAGUCACGUUACUCAGUUCAGUGGGUGUUAAAAAAGUAGUUUUGUCUCCUUGUAUCCUAUAUUAAUUAUAAUCAUAAUGGGUUUAAAAGCUAUCUGAAAUUACACCUGUAGUUCUUUGCUGUCUGACAGGCAAUUUCCCUGUGGUGUUAAUGGUAUGUAGAAAAGGUUUUGCUCUUCUGUAAAGCAAUCUAAAUGACAUUUUGGGAGUUGAGUUGCUCUUCUCUGAUCACAGUGUACAUCAAAGAUGGUUUUGAAGAGUUUUGUGUAACUUCUCUUUCGGCUGUUGGAGCAAUCCUCACUUUCUGCCUUAUGGAUUUAUUCAUGAAGGUGACCAUGCACUUUUUGAUCACAAGUAGAAAAAAACCUCACACAUAGGAGCACUGGGAGGGGCACUGAGUAAUAUUCUUCAGGCUUUUCUUGAUGCUUCCAAUUCUAAAAUCAGUUCUGUUGAAUGGUCCCAAGGAGUCUUAUUUUUUUGUGUGUGAAGUUGUGUAUAGUUGACACCAUGACAUGCAGGAGAAACAAAAUUGGCAGCUUUGCAUGUGAAAGAAGUUGCAGACUUUAUUU